ACCCAAGUUCCCUCGUCCUUGCUCUUAUCCUAACCUGCGUUUCUCUUCUUUCCUCUCUCUCUCUCUCGUACUAAGUUGUUGAGUUCUGGUCCCUGUUCUUGGACGGACACAUAUCCAAUUCGCCCGAGAUUUGCUCAAUUGCUCUAAGCACACACUGGCAUCUUCCGAACUGUCGAAUCUCGCAGCUCAGGCGACAUGUCGACGGCUGUGGCGGAGGUGCGGCCGGCCUACGGCUUCCUCGGAUCCAGGAAGAAGAGCGGCGGCGAGCAUGAGGAUACGGAGGUGGUGGCGGUCGGGAAGAGGAGGAGCGACGGGUUCUUCAUAGAGGAGGACGAGGUGGAGGAGGAGGUGCUGACGGAGAGCUCGUCGAUCGGGGCGCCGUCGCCGUCGUGCUCGUCGAUCGGGGAGAACUCGUCGUUGGAGGCCGGCGGGGAGGAGGGCGAGGAGGAGGUGGAGAGCAAGCUCAAGGAGGGGGACGGGCUGGGCUGCUUCGACGCGCUGGAGGACUCCUUGCCCAUCAAGAGCGGCCUCUCCAACUUCUACUCCGGCAAGUCCAAGUCGUUCACCAGCCUCGCCGAGGCGACAUCGACGGUGGCGGCUGCCAAGGAGCUCGCCAAGCCGGAGAACCCCUUCAACAAGCGGCGCCGCAUCCUGGCGAACUGGUCCCGGCGAGCCUCCUGCAGCUCGCUCGCCACGGCCACCUACCUGCCCCCGCUCCUCGCCCCCGACCACGCCGUCGCCGAGGGGGAGGAGGGAGAGGAGGACGACUCCGACGACGACUCCGACGAGUACAACCACCUCCCGCACCGCGGCAAGAACGUUAGGGACGCGCCGGCAUUGCCGUUGCCUCCCCCUAGGCUCAACGCGAACGCGCAGAUGGACAUGGCGAGGAGGAAUGGCCUUGGGACCUUCAGGUCUCCUAGGUCCUUCUCAUUAUCUGAUCUCCAAAAUAGCACUGAUACUUAGUGGCUGCAGAUUUGCAAUCAGCUCUGAAUUCUGAUGUAUCUUGCCUAGUAGAGAACUAGAGAUGUUACUAGUUUAGUUAUUACUAUAUAAUUGCAAUGUAUAAGAAAAUCCAAAUUUGAUGUGUUUAUCAUGGUUUUCUUUGACCUGAGAAGGUGUGUAUGAACAGACCUCACCUGGGGGUAUCAAUAACCAAUGAUGAUCAUAACUUCAUGAUGGGGGUUAGUUAA